CGGGGCUCACCGACCUUCGUCUCAUCCCGCCGAGAUAAUCACCACUGAUCAUCUACAUCUAACCCCACAAUCUGCCUAUCAUGCUCGCGUUCGUGCCGUCUACACCAGUCCAUCACCAGCACGUACUCUUCAGGACUUCGGAGCUAGACGACUACGACCACGGCUAUAGCCACCUGCACCGAGUACCAACAUCGAGUUACGCCGCUUACGACUAUGCUCACCAGACGGCACUCGCGGAGCACGACUACUUGCUCGCCCGUGCCCGUCGUGAAGCCUUCGAACGUCAACAAGCGCAGGCCUACUAUCGUCAACGCCAGCAGCAGCAGCGACAAGAAAUCCUUGCCGUCUUCGCUGCUGAUCUCGCAGAAGAGCGACGUCGAGCGCGAAUACGAAGGCAGCAGGAGGAGGCCGCGCGUCGCCAGCAGGAGCUCCUUGCGCUUCGGCAACGACGGCAGCGACAGCACCUCCAGCAGGUUGCCUGGCUGAGACAGCAGGUUCUAGCCGAGGUCGAGCAGCGCCGCCGUCAGGAGGAGCUUGCGCGCUUAGAACAGGCUAGACGCAGGCAGCAGCAAGCCGAACUUUCGAAGCUCCUGGAGACGUUCUUCACCCCCUCAGAGCAGGGCUCGGAGUCUGAGCAGGAGAAACAGCCCGCCUCCGCUCCGCGUGCGACGCCCGCCGCCCAAGUUCCUAGCACCACUGUCGAUGUCAAGGGCAAGGGCAAGGCAAAGGAAGAGCCGAUGCCCGCGUGUUCUUCCGACUCCGCACCUCAAGUGACGGUCGAACACCUGCUCCGCCAACGUGCUCAAGUCGAGAACGAUCAAGAAGUUCAGGGGACCCUCACGUCGCUCCUCCAAUCUUUCUUCAACGGUUCGGCUCAGGCUCAGGCACCUAAGGAGCGAAAGAAUGUCCGGUUCAACGUGAACGAGCAGGCUGGCCCGUCAAACUCUUCCGCUGAGCCCGCCACUCUCCAUCAAGGAGAGCCUGCCACUGCUGCGCUCGACCCGAGCCCUUCGGCGCCGGGAGCACCGUCUCUAGAACGCAAACCCGCCCUCGCGGGCGCGUCGGCCGAACAAGUCCGUGCGCACCGUCACCAGCGCACCUCCUCCCUCGACGAGAUCGCCAACAUCCGCGCCUCGUUCGACUCGCUCUCGUCCGACUUUCAUCUCCCGGAACACCUUGACUUCAACCCCUCGCCUACUCCAUCUCGCUCUCCUUCGCCCGUUCUGGACCAUUCGGCUGAAUCGGAGAACGAGGAAACCCUCGCGUACACGGCGAACAACCGACCUCUGCACCAGUAUACGCACGCGCUCGGACUGCUCCUUGUCAGGCUCGAUGCGGUGGAGAGCGAUGGAGACGAUGCUGUAAGGAAAGCCAGGAAGGAUGCGGUCGUUGUCGUUGAGCGCGAGCUGGAGAGGGUCGAGAGGGAGGUGGAGAAGCAGCGGCCUGGGUCGCCUGUGCCGAAGGAGGAUGCGGACGCGAAGGCCGACGAGCCUGCUCCAGCUGAAGAAGCUACCGUGGAUGGUCAAGCCGCGCCGUCCACCGACGAACACGUAACUGUCGCUGAUCCCGAGACUCGCGAACAGGCGGUGGCGGAGGCUAGUCCCGACCAGUCAGCCAGCGAGAACGUACACGAAGCCGCUUCUGAAGACGUUCCUGCUAUGGAGGUGCACGGUGCUCCCGUUGACGUCCACGAAUCAGCACCCUUCGACGCCCUCUCCAGCUCUACGCCAAUUCCAGACUCAGUCCAAGACACUGCAGGCACCUCCGCGCUAGCUAAUACCGUCCCGCCUGACGCGCCCAAGCUUUCGCCGAUCGAGGACGUUUCAGAAGAGCUACCCUCGCUGGAGAGCCCGGAGGAGUCGCCGGCGCCGUCCGAAGCCUCAACGUCGACCCGUCCUCAACCCGAGUCGAUUACAUCUCAAGGCAGCCCGCCUGACGAAGUCGCCGCCGUUUCACCCGAGAACUCGUCUGAGCCGAUACAUUCCCACAAAGAUUCUGCUGCUGAUUCUCAGAUGCCCGCCUCGAAUUCGAAUUCUUCGUCAACAGCAGAACUGCAACCACUUGUCGACUCUGUCCCUGCGUCCGAGGCUCAAGCUAGCCUACCGGCUUCCCCAUUGCCUGUCACAUCGACACCCGACGCCACAGCGGCCGGUGACGGCGACGUCCUUUUCUCCUCGCCCAUCAAUUCAGAUGUUUCCGUCCCUUCGUCAUCGUCUUCCGAGGCUGACGGCGAUGACUCUGCGGUUGUUAUUGAGCAUGUCGAGGUGCCUCCCGCCGGUGACGUCAAUGACCACCCGAGUGAUGAGUCGGACGGCUGGUCAGAUGUUGAGGAUCACCUUUGAUCACCUAAUGCUUUCUAAACGUCUAUUUAUCCGCAUCUGUAUUAUACUCUGACUCUUCUAUCGCUCUAUGUAAAUGUGAUUGAUACUUAAUAUGGAUGAUACCGC